AUGGACGAGGAUCUCCGAGCCUACAUCUUCUCCAAAGGCCUCCUCCUCCCUCCCGACGACUACCUCGCCCUCUUACUCGAGCCCGUUGUCGUCGAGCUGCAAGCUCCUCUCCCGUCCUCCGAAGCGAUCGAUGAGGAUGACAUUCGCUCGAUCGAGUUCUGGGAUCAAAGGAGGUGGGAUGGAUGGAUGAAGGGUGUUGAGAGGGAGGUGUGGGAAGAUAAGUUGGAGGUCAAGGCGGAGGUGAUGCAGAGGAUUAAGGGGGUGGUUAGGGAGGUCAAGAGGGGGCGAUGGUCCAAGAUGGGGGAGCUCAGUGAGCUGAUGGAAGACAAGGAGCAUGAUCAAGGUCGGUAGGAACACUUGAUGCCGUUCUACCUUGUUCAGACGUCUCACUUUCGAUAUCAUUUCAUUCCGUGUCACUUGCCCCAGUGUUUCGUUUCCCCAACCGAUUGGAAGACGCCUACCUCCUAUCUCGCGUCGCACGGCGCCGAGGAGCUUUCUUCGAGUCCGAAUUCGCUCUGAAGGACAUGAUAGACAAUCGAAUAAUCUCUCCGGAUCUACUGGAGGUUGAGGAUGACGACGAGCUUUUGAGAAUGCUCGACAUGCCCGAAAUCGAAGACGGCCUGUGAGUCCCAUCCUGGCGAGAACGCUCUAGCAGUGAAGCUUGCCUCAGAGCGUACUUGAAGGUCUCGGUGAUGAUUCACAGUGACUUGCGUUUACCAACUACCGCGGAGCAAGUCGCGUUUCUGAAAGAGAUGACGCGCUCCAUCAAAGCCACGGGUCGACUGACCACGGGGCAACUGCUUACCGAGUCCGAUGAAGCCGAAGGUCACCGACCAAGCAGGCUGGAUAUUGUAAGCAACACUUCCCUUCCGAAUAAGACUUGUGCGAUCGGCCUACUUGGCUGACUCGAACCUAACUCCAGGACACUUUCCGCAUGCCGAGUCCGCCCUUGUUGCCAAGAGCCACAUCAAAAUUAAACGAGUCGUCUCGACUCGAUCUCUUCGACGAACUUGAUGUAAUCACACCACCGUCGUCGCCGAGGGGUAGUGGGGUCCCCAUGAAUGCAUGGAACAGAGAAGGUUAGCAUUCGGAACUAACUUCUCGAAGCGUGUCGUCUGUUGACGAACUUUGUCUGGAGCUCUUCCAGAGGAUAUUCGAUCGCUUCCUUCAUCGCCCGUCCGAUUUUCUCGCGAAGCCUCCUCCCGUCCGAUUUGGUCAAGUCCGCCCACGUCUGACCAGCCUGAAAAGGUAUCCGAGUGGAUGGAAAUAGGUACGUUUUAUCGGCUGUCAUUACAGUCAUUCGCGUUCCGUCCGCUGAGUAAACGGGCAGCGCACAGAUAAACCGCUGUUCCCACGUGCCGAACGGGAAGGCGCAGCCACCCUUGUCGAUGUCGAGAUGCCACCCGUGCCCUUUGAUUCGAGCUUACUUGACAGUGAUGAUGAACCCAUCAAGGAGGUAUUGACUCCUACAAAUCCGCCUGUUUCGGAGUUGCUCGCUUCGGACGACACCAUCGGCCCCGCCGAACAACUUGCCCCACACGACCUGACCAAGCUUCGAUUGCGAGGUAAGCCCGACAAGAACCUCACUAGAUGCUUUCAUCCAAACUCUCAAGAUUCUGAAUACUUCGCAGUUCCUCACCUAUCGAACCCAACGUUCGCUCCGCCACCGCCGCCUCCCACGCCGACAGACUUUGCCUCCACGAGCUCCUCUGCCUGGAGUCUGAAGCUCGAUCGCGAGCUCACUAGUGCGACGAUCGGGUUGUCUUGGGCUGUCGAUAGGCAGGUCGACGGUCUCAAGCUCGAUUCCAUCAUGUUCGACGAUGACUCAAAGAAAGUCGGGCUUUCGGAUGAUCCGCAAGAGCGAGGGGGAGCACUGCUCGUACAGACGAUGGAGACUGACGACGAGCUAGCUGAGCUCAUGUUGGAUGACACGAGCCAAGUUGAAUUCAAGACGGGCGAUACCCUCAAUGAAUUCCUCCUCCAACCACGAGCUUCAACCACCGCCAGCCAAUCGCAUCCCACACUUUCCGAACAAGCCCAUGCGCAGUCGACAUCGUCAUCGACCAAUCGCUUCACCGAGAUUACCGCUUCUGAUCUCGACAUGUCCAAGAUACCCCCCGAUCUCAUCCAGGCGGUCAAAUCAACGACGUCGAGCUCUUCACCGCUCAGUCGUCUCCUAUCCCCGGGACUGGAGUCGAACAACCCUGCGAGCGAAAGUCGUUCGAGUCCUCCUCCUUCGCAAGAGCCCGGAUCCGCAGGGCUCUCGUCGAAGCGCGUUGAAGAUGACUCAGGACUGAAGGAUAUUGUUAUGAGCAGACUGGGACGUCUUCAAGAAGCUUCCGUCGUACCAGAAUUCACGAGUCGAAGAGCAGCCAUCGAUCAGUUUCUCUCGACGCGAGGCCGACAGAUCAGUCGUCCCGUGGCCGUCCCGAAGACGAAGGCGGGCCAACGCGAGGCCACACAAACUCCCGAUAUCACACCCUUACCAGUACCACAACCUCCUCAAUCCCCACCCUACCAAGAUACACCAUUUCCAAAACCUCAGUUCCUCCAGGUAGACGAUGAGACUCUGCCCGUUGGCCACCUUCGCGUCAUCGGCUUCCACUCUCUCUUCCAAAACCGGUUGCUGCGAUCCGCGUUGGAAGAGGUCAACAUCGAGCUCAUUCAUCGAUAUUCGAGAUGGGUACAGGAUCGAUAUCGUACGUUGGACCCGCAUCUUAUCCUCAACAGCCACACAUGCGUCGUCUUCCGGCCUCUCUGGUCCCUAGUUGGUCGUGCAUACCGGGCUGAAGAGGUCGACAACACAUCUACGAGCACGGAUCUUACACGUCCAGAAGCGUUCUUCACUACUCUAUAUCGCCUAUCACAUCGUUUCGACCGUAUCCUAGUCGUACUCACCGAACGAUGGCCAAAGACAUCGACGACCGCGAACGAGUAUACCCCACCAGUUUUGAAAGCGCUGCGCGAGCUUGAUCAAGGGAUUCUCGAGCAUCUGACGGGGAGCGAUGAUCGAGUUCACAUCCAAGUCGUCUUUUCGAGAUCGCCCGAGGAGUCGGGGAAGAUCGUGAGGAAACUUCUUAUCGAUCUGCGACACAGUGAUCUGGAUGUCGGGUCUGAUUCGCGAGAAUGGUUGGAUGACCCUUCGGAGGUGAGUGUAGCUACUGCGACGUCCAGGAAGGAAGAAGCGACUGAUGUGACCUCAUCUCAUAGGAGGAGAGGCUUUUGCUUCAGAUUGAUACGAUCAACGAAUACAUGGCCAGUCGAAUCCUGUCACAGUGCUCCGCGAACGAAUUCUUCCAGCUCGACGAGACAACGAGGGAAGCUGGAUUCGCAGGAAUCAUAGGGGCCGAACGCAUGGUCAGUCGUCACAGGUGCUGCUGAGCUAAUUGAGCCUUCUUACCCAGUGUCGCCGCUCGACGAAUCAUAGAUUGAAGUUGAGCGAAGCAUUCAAGAACUCCAAUUGCGCCAAGAUCCGGCGUCUCGCCGGGCAGAUGAUGCCGCGCCUACCUUGACUGGCAUUGGGGGGUUCGAAGCGUACGGCUCGAUGCCGAGUGAAGCAAGUCUGACCAGCUUCCAGGAGCUGAUCUUUGAUGUUGAUGCUUGA